AUGGUGCUGCACCGGGUGAUCCAGGCAGCCCGGGCAGGCGAUCUCUCAGCCCUGAGGAAGCUCUCCUCCUCUGGGUGCCUCACGGUCUCAGCCUCCAUCACAGACGCCCAGGGGGCCGGCCCGGUGCACCACGCCGCGCGAUGCGGCCGCUUGGAAUGCCUGCGCUACCUGGUGGUGGAGGUGGGGCUGGCGGCCGAUGCCCGGGCCCUGAACAGAGCCACACCCGCCCACGACGCUGCCGCCACUGGCCACGCCCGGGAACUGCAGUGGCUGGUGAACCAAGGGGGCUGCAACAUAGAGGACCAGGAUGCAGCCGGGGCGACAGCGCUCCAUCUCGCAGCCCGGUUCGGACGGGUAGAGGUCGUCCAUUGGCUGCUGUUGGUUGGGGGCGUGGCCGAGGAGACGACAGACUGUGGGGCAGUCCCCGCCCAUUACGCUGCUGCCAAGGGAGACCUUACCUGUCUGAAACUACUGGUCCACCAAGCACCUGGGUGUGUGAACCGUCAGACCGGAAUCGGUGCCACCCCUCUGUACCUGGCGUGUCAGGAGGGCCACCUGCAUGUAGUGGAGUACCUGGUGAAGGACUGCAGGUCGGACGUACACCUCAGGGCCCACGAUGGCAUGACCGGCCUGCACGCUGCUGCACACAUGGGUCACCAUGCCCUGGUGGUCUGGCUGGCCACCUUCACAGACCUUAGCCUGCAGUGCCAGGACAGGGAGGGGGCGACUGCUCUUCACUUCGCGGCCAGUGGGGGGCACCAUCGCAUCCUGGAGAGGCUGCUCCGCAUGGGGGCAAAGGUCAUCAGAGACUACUGGGGGGGAACCCCUCUACAUGAUGCAGCUGAAAACGGAGAGCUGGAGUGCUGCAGGAUCCUGUUAGCCAACCAGGUGAGCCCAUCAGAGCAGGACAUAGAUGGGUUCACAGCAGCAGACCUGGCAGAGUACAACGGACACUACGACUGUGCCGGCUACCUCCGAGCCGUGGAGACAUGCGUAAGACCCAAAACCUCUGGCUACCUCCGAGCCGUAGAGACAUGCGUAAGACCCAAAACCUCCGGCUACCUCCGAGCCGUGAAGACAUGCGUAAGACCCAAAACCUCUGGCUACCUCCGAGCCGUGGAGACAUGCGUAAGACCCAAAACCUCUGGCUACCUCCGAGCCGUGGAGACAUGCGUAAGACCCAAAACCUCCGGCUACCUCCGAGCCGUGAAGACAUGCGUAAGACCCAAAACCUCCGGCUACCUCCGAGCCGUGGAGACAUGCGUAAGACCCAAAACCUCCGGCUACCUCCGAGCCGUGGAGACAUGCGUAAGACCCAAAACCUCUGGCUACCUCCGAGCCUUAGAGACAUGCGUAAGACCCAAAACCUCCGGCUACCUCCGAGCCGUGGAGACAUGCAACAGGAUGGUAGUUCUGCCCACAGAAGAGGCCAACCUGUCAGACAUCGACUACCUGGUUCCCACCCAUGACGAGCGGGGUCGGCCGAUCGCUGAGUGGAAGAGACAGGUCAUGGUGCGUCAGCUACAGGCCAGGCUAUUGGACGAGGAGGACCAGAGGAGGAAGGAGAAUGGGAACACCACUUCCAAAGCGGUGAGCUGGAGGUACUCCCAGGCCCACAACGCUAUCCUGGGCCCGUUUGGAGAGCUGCUGACCGAGGACGACCUGAUCUACCUGGAGAAGCAGAUCCGGAGCGUGUCCAACCAGAAGAAAUGUGAGGGCUAUGAGACAGAGCUAGCCCGUCUGGCUGAGGAGCUCAGGACCAUCCUGCCAGCUCCCAUCGUCAACAUCACAGCCAGCACUCAGUUCAGAAACCCCAACCAGGAAUCUCAGGUCCCUCUGCCCGUGUGGUGCAACCGCAUCUCAGGCAUCGUAAAGAGUAUGUCCCUGCUGAUGGCCAACCUGGCAGACGGGCCGUACUCUAAGAUGCCCAACACAGAGCUAUCCACUGUGUUCUCCCAGACCCCGGACAGACCCACCUCUGCUCGGGGGCGCAGGGAGAAGAUAGAGUCCGAGAUCCACCAGUUUGGGGUUUCUGUCCGGAAUCUGAAGUCCAACUUUGAAGGUCAUGAAGAAGAAACCGAAGCGAUGUCAGACGUACAGGAGGAAGGCCUGGGGUCAGAGGUCAGAGGAAUACAGGAACAGCCCAAAGAGAUGAACCCAGCCCCUGAAGCUGACCAGAACAGUGACUCGGGCAUAGCCCAUGGUGACAACAUGACCGACGUUAGGGAAACCACCAGUCUACGUAAGGAGCGCAUCGUGGUGCUGUUCUUGGGCCACUGGAAGAAGUCAGCCUACACGGUGACUCUGAAGACCAGAGAGGCCGAGAGGAGAGCCAGUGUGGACGAGGUUGGUGGUAAACCUGGGGGGACAGAUGGGAGGGGACCACGGAGGGGAUCUCAGAUGCCUCUGGGGCAUUUCUUCAAACAGAGGAGUGUCAUCAACAAGAUGAUUGGUGAUUGGAGGAGCAUGAUCUCCAGUGUUCCGUCUCGCCAGAUCCGCCGUCUCCACCGGCAGCAGGCGCCAUACUCCCCUGAACAGUUCCUCCCCAAGGUGGACGGGGCGACGGCGGACUACGACAGCCUGACCCUUGACCUCUUCAUGCUGGGGUACUUCCACAUCCUGGAACUCGAACUCCCCGCGGACGAGAGGAAGAUGAGACACCUGCUGUGCUUCGAGGUGUUUGACCACGUUGGUCGUUUCACCUGGGAGAGCGUCCGGGAGUUCCACAAGGCCGUCAUGAUGGACAUCGAGGCUGGGAAACGUGAGUGGAAGGACGGCUUCGAGGACAUUAAGGUCAAAUUCUUUGGGAACGUGUCAACGACUCAGUCUGAACUGCCAGAGGUAGAGAAACAACAGUUCCUACCAGAGGUCAGGCCGGUGCCCAAAGUCAUCCUCCAAACCCCGACACCAGAUGAAGGGGCUUUGAUUAAACAAGGAACAGACAUUUCCAGUUUCAGCAAUGAUGAGAUUUGCAAAUACAUAGACAGGAGUUUCGCUUUCUGGAAAGAGAAGGAGGCUGAGAUUUUUGAUUUUGAAUAGUAGUUGUUUUCACUGUACCUUCUUUUUUUGAUAUUUUUAAAAAAUAAUUUGUAGUCUGCUGACAUCAAGUUAUAGUUAUGGCAAGGGAUGGGGUUACUGUAAGUGCAUUUUAUUCUCAGUGUGAAUACCUUUGUGUUCUUGGUGAAUAGUUGUUAUUUAAAGAGAAAGCAAUAAGUAGGCCUACAGUAAGCUUUCCAAUCUUAGAAACUUGUAGUCAGAUGCAUAGUACAAGCUACAUUGCAUUCGGAAAUUAUUCAGACC